AUACUGCAGGAUGAUUUUUUGUAUGAGUAAACAUCCUUCCAAUAACGAUCAGACCGAUAAUGUCUUAAAAAGAGAAACAGGAUCUACAUUUUGGCUUUCUCCUUCUUGUAUGGACUAUUUCUGGACACAGAACCUUCAGGUAACAUGUUGACUGUCCAUAAAAUGCAUUUUAGCAUCUUCCUGCUGUUCUGGGGAUGGGUUUUAUCCACUGAAUGCAGAGUCCACCGACAAGGAAAGGAGAUACACGAGGUAUACAAAAAAGGCAGACCUCAGCGGCAGAGACGAGAAGCCCACGGCGAGGCACACAAGCAGGGCAGUCCAAUCCUAAAGCGAAGCCCUGACAUCACCAAAUCUCCACUGACAAAGUCAGAACAGCUGCUGCGAAUAGAUGACCAUGACUUCAGCAUGAGACCAGGUUUUGGAGGUCCUGCAAUUCCUGUAGGGGUGGAUGUCCAAGUUGAAAGUCUGGACAGCAUUUCUGAGGUGGAUAUGGACUUCACCAUGACACUUUAUCUAAGGCACUACUGGAAAGAUGAGAGAUUGUCCUUCCCCAGCACCAACAACCAAAGCAUGACAUUUGACGGCAGGCUUGUGAAGAAGAUCUGGGUCCCUGACAUGUUCUUUGUCCACUCCAAGCGUUCCUUCAUCCAUGACACCACCACUGACAAUGUCAUGCUGCGGGUCCAGCCAGAUGGGAAGGUACUUUAUAGCCUCAGAGUUACAGUGACAGCAAUGUGCAACAUGGAUUUUAGUCGCUUUCCCCUGGACACACAGACGUGCUCCCUGGAGAUUGAAAGCUAUGCUUACACAGAAGAUGACCUCAUGCUCUACUGGAAGAAUGGAAAUGAUUCCCUAAAAACGGAUGAGAGGAUAUCGCUGUCCCAGUUCCUGAUACAGGAGUUCCACACUACCACAAAACUUGCCUUUUAUAGCAGCACAGGAUGGUACAAUCGUCUCUACAUUAACUUCACCUUACGUCGACACAUCUUCUUCUUCUUGCUCCAAACCUACUUUCCUGCCACUCUCAUGGUUAUGCUGUCCUGGGUGUCCUUCUGGAUUGACCGUCGAGCAGUUCCUGCCAGAGUCCCUUUAGGGAUCACCACUGUGCUGACCAUGUCUACGAUCAUCACUGGGGUGAACGCCUCCAUGCCCCGCGUUUCCUACAUCAAAGCAGUGGACAUUUACCUGUGGGUCAGUUUUGUGUUUGUCUUCCUCUCGGUGCUGGAAUAUGCAGCAGUGAAUUACCUGACCACAGUGCAAGAGAGAAAGGAGAGGAAACUCCGAGAUAAGCUCCCCUGUGCGUGCAGCCUUCCUCAGCCCCGGCCCAUGAUGAUGGACGGCAGCUACAACGACGGUGACGUGAACGAGUUGGGGCACUACGUGUCCGAGAACGGAGACAAGCAGGACAGAAUGAUGGUGCAGCUGGCGCUGGGGUCUGAGAGGGGCUCGGGCAGGAGGAAAAACCAGAGAUACGUCAGCAUGCGGAUCGAUACCCACGCCAUCGACAAGUACUCCAGGAUAAUAUUCCCUGGCGCAUACAUUCUAUUUAACUUGAUAUACUGGUCCAUUUUUUCAUAAACAUACGUAACUUCUGUAGUCACAGUGUAUUGUGGCAGGAUAUCAGAGUACUGUCUCAUAGGCUAACAAAAUGAACAUAGAGAAUUAAUUUGAAGAUUGAUUUUUUUCAGGAUUUCAAUUUAUUUUUUACUAGGUGCAACUCAUCCGUGGCAUAAAUAACUGUGCGAAUUUCACAUUUCAAAUAAAUAUAGGAUAUACAAUCUAAAACUUCAUACAUAUUUAAAGCUGUGCUAUGCUCCUUCUUGUGCCUCACAGGCCACUGUAAUCUACUUCAGUGAGUGACACUAAUUGCCAGCUGCUUAUAUAUGGCGCAACUUCCAUUUUGUGACCCCAACUCCCAGUUCUCUCAGUGUUUGAGCCCACGCAUACAUCUCUGAACUCAGCAGACAGACAGCACUUAGCACCGAUAAGUACAAAAGAUAUGCAAACACUUGCGUGCUUGCAGGAUGAGGUCAGAAGCAGUUUUUGCAAAAACAGAAUGUCCAAUAGUGGGAAACACUUCAACAAGACUAUUAAUGGCCAAAAGUGGCUUUCAUUGCUCCGUGCACACUGUGCUGGCAGUGCUGCACUGACAGAGCCAAGCAGCAAUACCUUUCACACUUGUGCUGUCUCAAUUGUACUUAAAGACAAUGAAGUAUUUCCAAGCUGUAUUGAUUAACCUUUUAAAAUAUAACUUGCAGUGUACAUUUACCAAGGAAUCCAUCAGUCUGAACAAAAGUUGGACUUUCCUUGAUGCCAAAUCCUCUGGGAAACACGGGACCUCUCCUUGGAGCUGCUUAUUUGGGUCAAUGGGAGUUUUGCUUGAGUUUCCUAGGAGAGGGAAAAGAUUUCUCUACAGAGUGAUCCAGUGAAGAAAAGUGGGUGUCUACACAAAAGAAUACAACCACUGUAGGAGAAGCCACUUCUUGCUGAGACAGCAUCGGUGCUACUGGUUGGUACAGGAGAGCUCUCUGCAGCCUGAAUGCCAAGAACUGCUGCAGCUGGUAAAGUCCUGCUCCUGACAAAGACUUUGGUGAGUGCAUGCAGUUCCAGAAGAAGCCUGGUCCAUCUAUUUUUAAUGAAAGGCCAGCAGAAAAGUGCUCAGCAGGUGACAAAGCAGAUGCACUGACUGCUAAUGUAACCACAUUACAGUUGUAAAAUUACCAUGCCAAAAGCUUUGGAAUGAAGUGGAAAGGAGUUCUGACCGUGAGAGAGACCCAGGUCCAAUUGAACAACUCUGCUUCUCCCUGGCACCUCACAGCCCUCCGGGCCUUCAGAGCAGGUACAGAACAACCCAGGGCAGGACAAGAAGACAAGGCUGGCACCGGGGGCACUCAGUACUCACCUCAGUUUCUACUUGACAUCACAGCUUCAGAAGAGCAGCCAGCCAGCAUAAAUUCUGCAUCUGUUCAAUGCAAAAUCUGUAGUGUAGAAGUAGUAAAAUAUUUCAGGAAAUUAGUCCAGAAUGGACUAAUGCUGAACACUGCUGGUUGCUGCUUCAAUUUCAUGUGUAAAUAAAUAUCAUGUACAAGUACUCAGCACUUCUUAUAACUGCUGGAAUCGUGAAAUGCAAAAUGGACCUACACUGCCUCUACGUGCCACUGAAACCACAAGAACUACAAUUACUGAAAGACAAACUCAGCCACCAUGAGAUAGCUUUGUUACAGAGACUUUUCUUCACAUACAUAUACCAUCUUAGCUUCUUCUUACCAUACCAUAUUCUCUAUCCACUGAGGUUGUUGUUGUUGUUGUUGUUUUUUCCCCAAAAGAUUAAAAGUAAGUAUUAAAAUGUAACAUCUUAAUUGGAUGAAAGUAGAAAGAUCACCGUGGUAGAAGCACCAGGACUGCCUGCUCUCCUUUAUUCUGAAGGCACCUUUCUUUACAGAGGGCUCCAAGACUUCUUGUGAACUGCUCGCACAGGGACGCAUUUAGGUCCUCACUAUUAUUAAGAACCCAUUUUCACCCACAAUUCUAAGAACAGCACAGAUAGGAGCAGCAGAUACUGCAGUAAGCUAUCCAGCUUUGUAAGCCUACACAGCGUAAUUUGCUUCAGUACUAGACACCUUAUAGGACCAUUAACCAGAAAAUUAAGGAAGAUUCAAGAGAUACAAAUGGGAGUUGGACUUUCAGAUUCCUUGGCUUCCAGGGGAAGACUGGUUUCUAAUUCUCCAUGAGAUUUCAAAAGCUUCCCUUCCCACGGUGUCCUAAACAGAUUCUGCAACCUCUGCAUCUGGAUUCACAUUGUGAAAUGACUUGUGUUUUAUUUUGGAAACUCCAGUGCCUUUUCAGUCUUAUGUAAAUAUGUAUAUAGAUGCAUUGUAUAAGAAGAGGAUAUGUCAUAUACAGCCAGUGUUUGCUCUUAAGGACUGCAAUCAUUAAACAUACUUCAUACACAGUAACUACUUUUCAUUUUCCAGUGUAUUGGUUUGUAUCCAAACAUUAACGCUCUACUCUUUCUCAUUUCCACAAUAAAUUAGAGUGGGUUCUUUGUUUUGGUUCUAGAAAUGCUCAUCAUCAAAACCACCACUUCAUACAGCACUGUGUUUCCCAAAUUCAAAAGAGUGAUCUCCAUGAGUUUAUAUACACACAAAAGAUCUUUUUGCUCUGGAUCUGAUCAAGACAAAUACCACAUGACUUUAAAACCCCACAGCACCUGAGAGCUCCAGGAUUUUACAGGCAGAGCUCUGAUGAGGAGCAAACUUUCAAUCUCAAAGACAGCAUUUAGAUUCCCACCCCUCCCUGAGACUGUUUGGAUUUAAUAGUUCUCACUUUCUUGCCUAGGUUGUUACUUUGUGAUAUGAUUGAGACCGUUUCUCAGAGGCCAACCCAAAGCCCCCUCUGGGAUGGUGCUGUUUUUAGAGGUUGAAGUCUACUGCUGGUCUAGGUGAGUUCUGGUUUGACAAAUUCUGCUUGGGAACGUGUCCAGGUUAAAAGCUUUGGAGACCGAAGCCUUUAAUAGUCUUUAAAGAUGUUGCUAAGUUCUGAAAAGGUGAAGGAGCAAAAAGGAAAAUUUCAGUCAGAAACAGCUAGAAAAACAAACAGGCAUGAAGAAAAACAAAUUCUCUUUUCUAGUAAAAGGAUAUCCUCAUAACAAUCAAAUAACUAGAUUUCAGUUUUCUAUCUCUCAUGUCCAGCCAAAAGAUUCUCAAUACAGAACAGAACCCAACUCCCUGCAAUCCCUGCAGGAUACAGAGAGAACCCCAGGAUCACCUUAACAGGCUUCAGAAACUGCUUACAAUGCUUCAUCUAUAUUGAUCUGUUAUUUCUUGAAGCAGGUAUCCCUCAGCAAAGGUAAUUUUCAAGUGAGCUUUAUCUCCCUGCAUCUUCUCUCAAACCCAAAGCCCUGGUUUACAUAAGCACUACUUGCUGUUAAAUGUAUGUAGCACCACUCUAAGUCACAAAACAGCCACAUACCAAAACCAAUCAGUCAUAUACAGAGCCCAUGCAAAGAGUAACUUUCAGAACUAUUUGUUAACAAAAGCUUUGCAUAAAAUCUAGACUGCCACACAGCUACUCACCUCCAAUUAGAAGGAUUUGCAAUACUUGAUUCUUAUAAGAACAGUGCCUCCUCCAAACUAGUUUUCUCCUCCAAACUAGUUUUAUGUUUUAUAUCAGCAUAACAGUAAAUUUACCUUAAAUCUCAAACUAGUUUGGUUCUGAACCUUACAACAAAUGUUUUGAGAUAAACCAGGAUCAAUUUGCCUGAGGAAACAGACUUCCAGGAUGCAGAUGAAGCCAAACUAACUUGACCCAGCAGUGAUGACUGCCCCACUUCAAGCUGGUGGCUGGACAGAGACUGCCUGAGUUCCUUCCAGAGAACCCUGCCAAUUCUACAAAUUCUAACAAGUUUUAAUAGUUGAAGCAGCCUGAGGAUGAUAAAAACUACUAUUAAAUAUUGUAUUUGAAAAGCACUAUGCCCCUCAAAAGAACUGUUCACUGGCAGACCAAAAUGGAAACAGAGAGCUCCAAACCCGCUUGCUCUUGCAUAAUUAUAUC